UAUCUCACCCUCGCUAAUGGAGGUGGACUGGCUGAGUUUGUCACAGCUAGUGAGAGCUUGACAGUUGCCAGGCCACCUGAAGUUUCAGCAGCUCAAGGUGCAGGCUUACCUAUUGCCGGUCUCACAGCUCUCCAGGCUCUCACCCAAGCUGCAGGGCUUAAUCUCGACGGAAGUGGCCAGAAAAAGAACAUCUUGAUUACUGCUGCCUCUGGUGGUGUGGGUCAUUAUGCAGUCCAACUAGCAAAGCUCGGAAACACUCAUGUUACAGCCACAUGCGGUGCUCGUAAUAUUGAAUUUAUCAAGAGCUUGGGGGCAGAUGAGGUUCUUGACUACAAGACCCCAGAAGGAGCAGCUCUGAAUAGCCCAUCUGGUAGGAAAUAUGACGUCGCUGUCCAUUGUGCAAUAACGGGCAUUCCCUGGUCAACUUUCAAGCCUAAUUUGAGCGCCAACGGGAAGGUUAUAAACAUUACUCCUGGUCCAAGUACCUGGGCUGCUAUUGCUCAGAACACACUCACCUUCUCCAAGAAGCAGCUGGUGCCACUGCUCUUGUGGGCUGAGAGUGAGAACCUUGAUUAUCUUGUCAAGUUAGUGAAGGAAGGAAAGCUCAAGACAGUGAUCGACUCUAAGCACCCUCUAAGCAAGGCUGAAGAUGCUUGGGCUAAGAGUAUUGAUGGACAUGCAACUGGGAAGAUAAUUGUGGAGCCUUAAGUAGAAAACUAUAGUGGGAUAUAAACUUCAUGUCUCUAAUGGGAGUCGUUCGUUUUUUGGUCGAAAUAAUGGAAGUCGUUUGAUACAGAUGGUUAUGUGCAAUUAAUGGGGUAAUUACAAUUUUGGUUCGUUGGGAUUUGAUGGAUAUGAUAGAGAGGUUAGAAUGGGGUGGCUUUGUCUUUUUCUUUUUUCUUUUUUUAAUUUUAUAUAUUUGAUUUAAAAAA